UCUUUGCCCUGUUGCGGGCAAAAAGCAUGAGACGGUGUCCUAAAGGGAGCCAAUAGCAAUGCUGCCUGCCCCUUUUCUAGGUUCUAGGAAAUGAGAUCAUUCCCCUUGCUUGGCAACUAGGACAAGGGGUCACCCCAGUGCUGUCUUCCAACCUACUUUACCCCAGUCAUUUCAGGGUUAAAACUGUAGGGUUUGCUCGAGAUCUUUUUUUUCUUCAUUUCUGUUUUUUUAUUUUUGCAUUUGCUCUGGAAUAGAAAAAUGCUCGCCCAUCCUCCAUUGUAUGUUCCUUUAAUACUGGUAAGGUGUAUUAGCAGAUGUGUGUGUCUCCAUGACCAGCAGAAAGUUAAUCAGAGAACAGAUCCUUAUUUUUUAUGGCAGCAUCAGUAUAUUAAUGUCUGCUAACCCUGUCACUAACACACAUUCUUUUAAGGGAAAAAAAUGCUUCUGUGCUCUAGUUUUAAAAUGCAAAGGUAUGAUGUUAUUUGUCACCAUGCCCAAAAAAGUCCUUACUCGAUAACUUUGCCAGAAGAGGGAGAGAGAGAGAAGGCAAAUGUUCCCCCAGCUGUUUCCUGUCUACAGUGUCUGUGUUUUGUAGAUAAAUGUGAGGAUUUUCUCUAAAUCCCUCUUCUGUUUGCUAAAUCUCACUGUCACUGCUAAAUUCAGAGCAGAUAGAGCCUGCGCAAUGGAAUAAAGUCCUCAAAAUUGAAAUGUGACAUUGCUCUCAACAUCUCCCAUCUCUCUGGAUUUCUUUUUGCCUCAUUAUUCCUGCUAACCAAUUCAUUUCCAGACUUUGCACUUCAGAAGCAAUGGGAAAAAUCAGCAGUCUUCCAACCCAAUUAUUUAAGUGCUGCUUUUGUGAUUUCUUGAAGGUAAAGAUGCACAUCAUGUCCUCCUCCCAUCUCUUCUACCUGGCCCUGUGCUUGCUCACCUUCACCAGCUCCGCCACAGCUGGACCGGAGACGCUCUGUGGGGCUGAGUUGGUGGACGCUCUUCAGUUCGUGUGUGGAGACAGGGGUUUUUAUUUCAACAAGCCCACGGGGUAUGGCUCCAGCAGUCGGAGGGCACCUCAGACAGGCAUCGUGGACGAGUGCUGCUUCCGGAGCUGUGAUUUGAGGAGGCUAGAGAUGUACUGCGCACCCCUCAAGCCUGCCAAGUCUGCCCGCUCAGUCCGUGCCCAGCGCCACACCGACAUGCCCAAGGCUCAGAAGGAAGUACAUUUGAAGAACGCAAGUAGAGGGAGUGCAGGAAACAAGAACUACAGAAUGUAGGAAGACCUUCCUGAAUUGUGAAGAAUGACAUGCCACCGGCAGGAUCAUUUGCUCUGUAGGAGUUACCUGAUAAACAUCAGAAGACUUACCAAAAAAAAAUAAGUUUGAUAACAUUUCAAAAGACGGGCAUUCCCCCCAAUGAAAUACGCAAGUAAACAUUCCAACAUUGUCUUUAGGAGUGAUUGUUAAAAGCUUUGCACCUUGCAAAAAUGGUCCUGGAGUUGGUAGAUUGCUGUUGAUCCUUUAUCAAUAAUGUUCUAUAGAGAAAAAUAUAUAUAUAAAUAUAUCUUAGUCCCUGCUUCUCAAGAGCCACAAAUGCAUGGGCGUUGUGUAGAUCCAGUUGCACUAAAUUUGUUUCUGAGUCUUGGCUGCUGGAGCCAUUCAUUCAGCAGUCUUGUCUAAGUGGUUUAUUCUUUUUUUUUUUUUUUAAUUUGCACUUCUUUCUACGCAACACAGGCCAUUUGUUUUACAUUGUCUGAUAAUCUUGUCUAUAUUCACCCUCCCCCCACUUCAUCUUUAUAUUUGCCAAAUUUGGCCUCCUCAAGAGCAGCAACAAGCAGUCAAGUAGCACACCCAAAAGAUUUUAACCCAAAAGAUUCCAUCUGUGGCAUUUGUACCAAAUAUAAGUUGGAUUCAUUUAUUUUAGACACAAAGCUUUAUUUUUCCACAUCUUGCUAGAAAAAAUUUUGAGGCCAAUCAUUUUUAGGCAUAUGUUUUAAGCAUAGGAAGUCUCAAACUCUCAACAGUUCCUUCAAAUGAUGAGUUAAUGUGCAAACUGAUUAGUAACUUCUCUUUUUUUUUCCAUAUAGAGCACUAUGUAAAUUUAGCAUAUCAAGAAUACAGGAUAUAUCACAAACAGUAUGUAAAACUCUGUUUUUUUAGUACAAUGGUGCUAUUUUGUAGUUUGUUAUAUGAAAGAGUCUGGCCAAAACGGUAAAAGGUGAAAGCAAAACAGAAGAAGCCUGGAGCCCAAGAUGAUACGAAGGGGAAGGGUCCUAAAAAUCCAUCCAUUUGGGAAAGAAGGCAAAAUUCUCCCAAUGAUGACUUCCAAGAAAAACUUAAGACACAAAGUCCGCUAAUGCAAAUUUGACUGGGGAGUCCAGAGAGGAGUGGAAAAAGCAGAAGGCUAGGAAUUUAACAGUCCUGGCUUCUAUUUCUCACUGAAGAAAUAAACAUUUGCCAACUCUGUCACGGACUCACCAUUGUGUGACUUUGGGCAAGUCACUUCACCUCUCUGUGCCUGUUUCCUCAUCUACAAAAUGGGGGCAAAACGCCAUCUACCUACCUCACAGGGGUGGUAUGAAGAUUACAAAGAUAAAGCUCCAGAUUUUAUUCUGGGUUGCUAUAAGGGCACAAGUUCAGAGCCCUUCAGUUGCUGGGAGGCAAGGAAUUGUAGAAACAACCCAUUCACCGCAUAACUAGGAAACUGAUCAGCUGAAUGUUCCUGACGUGCUGAUUCUUGUCAAUGUAGCUAGCCCACAAACUAUCCAAUUACCUAGUUGUUAAAAGCUGCCAGCUCCAUCUCUUUUAAAACCCUUUCAAAAUAAGUAAGAAAUAUCUGAUACACAAUCAGAUCUGAAUUCUGCAUUUGGAUUUAUGAAUACAAAGUGCAAAGAGAGAAAGGAAAAGAAAAAA